GUGAAUUGUUCAAAAGUCGUGGAGCAUACAUGACUGAAGAGGAAGCAGAAAAUGCUGGUAUCAUUUGCCUUUCAAAAGAAGCAGGUCAAGUACCAAGAAGGCUUUCCUCUGCUCUGAACUGUCUUGAACAUCUGUACAUGAAUUUAGUGUGCCUGGAUGAAUUACAUGAGCUUCGAGAUAAAUUGCUUAAUCCAGCAACCAGGGAUUAUGUUGAUCAAACUCCUGCAAGCUUCUCAGAUGUGACAUUGAAUCACCUCAUGGCAGUUAAGCUUCAACGUAUAGCUGGAACAAGGCCAGAAAUGCAGCUGAUCAAGCUUCUAUUGGCCAUCCAGCACCGAUCAGAACGAGAAUCGGCCCCUAUGCAAUGUCAGAAAUAAAAUCUCUCGAAACUGGGGAAGAUAACAAAAUUUCAGUGGAUUAAUGUUGGGCAUGGGAACAACAAAUAUUUCUUUGCUUGUAUGAAAGCUAGAGCUAGCUCAACCAAUAUUUCUAUCUUAGGAUAUGCUGGUAGAGUGCUGCAGAUAAAAUACUUCAAUUCUACAAAGGGCUCUUAGGUUCUUCUGCAGAAAGGUUAUACUUGAGCAUCAUGAGGCAGCCACCUAGUCUUACAAUACAGCAGAAAAGGGAUAUAUGUUGUGAGGUCUCGUACGAGGAGAUUAAAAAUGUUUUGUUUGUUAUUGAUGACAAUAUGGCACCAGGGAUUGGUGGUUUUAAUGCACUUUUUUUCAAGAAAGCCUGGGAGAUUGUCAAAGAGGAUAUUUGCAAUGCAGUGCAGGAAUUCUUUAACGAGAACAAAAUGCAAGACCUGUGAACAACACUGUAGUUACUCUGGUUCCAAAGACUACAGAUCCAGAAAAUGUGACCGACUUUAGACCAAUUGCUUGCUGCUCCAUAUUAUACAAGAUAGUAUCUAAAGUUAUCUCAGAAAGAAGUAAGGGUGUGAUUGAUGGGAUAGUGGGUGAUAGCCAGUCCGCGUUUAUCCCUGGUAGAGUUAUUUCAAAUAAUACUGUUCUAAGCCAUGAGUUGGUUAAAGGAUAUACUAGGAAGAAUAUAUCUCUAAGAUGUAUGAAUUAUGAUAAAGGUAGAUUUGCAGAAAGCCUGUGACUUGGUCAUGACAUGUAUCAACUCAGUCAGCUAUACCUUUAUGAUCAAUGGUGGGUUGUCUGAUACUAUGAGAGAUAAAAAGGGGCUUAGACAAGGGGACCAUAUGUCCCCUUAUAUCUUUGUUUUGCUGAUGGAAUAUCCGAAUAGGCGUUUGGGCACUCACUUGUGUUUAACUUUCAUCCUAGAUGCCAAAAGCUGAGAACUACUCACUUUUGUUUUGCGGAGAACUUGCUAAUGUUUGCAAGAGGGGACUAUAAGUCUGUACAACUUUUGAGAGAUAGGUUUCUACUGUUUUCUGAGGCUUCUGGACUGAAAGCAAAGAGUCAAGUUUAUUUUGGAGGGGUGGAUAGGGAUACAAAAGAGAGUAUUCUAUAUCUAUUUGGAUAUGAAUUGGGAAAACUGCCAGUUAUAUUUUUGGGGGUUCCUCUAUCAACUAAAAGACUGACUGCUACGCAAUGUAGACCCUUAGUGGAUGAAAUCACUGCCAGGAUUACUUUGUGGGAUAGCUAGGAUGUCAUAUGCGGGAAGACUGCAGCUAAUUAGAGCUGUGCUAUUUGGAAUGCAGUCAUAUUGGUCACAAUUAUUCCUACUCCCUCAAAAGGUUAUUAAGUUAAUCGAAGCAAUUUGUAGAAGCUACUUGUGGACGAGUGAGACUAAUAUAUCUAGAAGGGCCCUAGUUGCAUGGGAGAAGGUCUCUUUGCCUAAAAGAGUGCUGGAGGACAGAGUACUCUCAACUAAAGAAUAUGGAAUUAGGCUGCUGUGAGCAAACUACUUUGGGUUCCUACAUAAAGAAGCUAAAAGCUUGUUGAAGAAAAAGACCUUUUUCAAUGGGUAUGGUUGAAAUUCAUUGAAAACAUAUAGAUUAGUCAAUAUACAAAAUUUGAGGAAGAUUGGA